AGUGACUCGUUUUUACAUCUCAGUGAUCGCAACUGCAGCUACUCAUACUUGCUCCUUUCAUCAAAGCGCCCCUUUCCGCGCAUUGUUUCGUGGAUCAGCUGUGCAUGGAUCUAAAACCCCACCCGAUUAGGAAGGAAAGAAGGAAAAAAAGUAGCAAUAAUGACCGCAAGAAAAUAAGAGGCUUUAAAAACAAUUAACAUUCUCUAAGGCGUAAAAUCAAAACACCGCCGUUUACAUUGCGAUUCUUGAGGACUGAAACGGGUUACAUCUUCGCAUUCCUCCCAUUUGAUCGCAGCGGCGGUGAAGACAUUCAGUCAGUUGAUAUUUUGCUACCCUAGCCACUCUCUCAAGAUGAUAGCCCUUUUUAACAAGCUGUUGGACUGGUUUAAACAGUUAUUUUGGAAGGAGGAGAUGGAGUUGACACUGGUCGGUCUGCAGUAUUCGGGGAAAACCACCUUCGUCAACGUAAUAGCGUCAGGGCAGUUCAGUGAGGACAUGAUUCCUACAGUGGGCUUCAACAUGAGGAAGAUCACCAAGGGCAACGUCACCAUUAAGCUGUGGGAUAUCGGGGGUCAGCCUCGAUUCCGGAGCAUGUGGGAGAGAUACUGCAGAGGAGUCAGUGCCAUUGUUUACAUGGUCGAUGCUGCAGACCCAGAGAAGAUUGAGGCCUCGAAGAAUGAACUGCACAACCUCCUAGACAAACCCCAGCUACAGGGGAUCCCAGUACUGGUUUUGGGGAACAAAAGAGAUAUUACGGGUGCCUUGGAUGAGAAGGAGCUGAUUGAAAGGAUGAACCUGUCAGCCAUCCAGGACAGAGAGAUCUGCUGUUACUCAAUCUCCUGCAAGGAAAAAGACAACAUUGACAUCACACUACAGUGGCUGAUCCAGCAUUCCAGAACCAGGAGGACAACAACAUGAGGCCUCAACUCAACCUCCCCCCCCCCCCCCCCCCCCCCCGCCCCCCCUCCUCUCCCCUCCAGGACCACAACUCCAAGACCAACCGUACCCCUCCUUCUCAUCUGCUCUCUCCUCUCCCCCUCCGUUCCCUCCACUCCUCCCUUCUCUCAUCGCCCUGGUUCCAUUUCUAGUCCCUCCGUUUCACUCCUACCCUCUUGGUGUACACAGAUCUGAGAGGAUUGGAUAGGUGUGAGCAAUAUGGCCGAAUAUGGAGCCAUCACCACAAUGCUUCUAAAUCUCCAAUCUUCUCGGAUCUGCGUACAUGGAAUGGGUAGAGGCUAAGAGGGGCUGUCCUGUCAUCCUCAGCUCUCCUUCCUUUUUUUUUUUUAAGCUAUCUGAGAUCCCUGCAUUUUACUUUUUAAAAACACCCCCCCCUCUACCUGAUUCCGUUCUUGUAAAGAGUGUGUGAAAAAUUAUGAUUUGCACUGUUUGAAUUGUUUUGGUAUGCAUUUUUUACACUUCAGACUGGAUAAUGUUGACUCUUGAGUCACCCACUGAGUAGUUAUUGUUUGCAUUGACUGUUGCAGAUUUUUUUUUAUUUUUUUUUAUAUAUAUAUAUAUAUAUAUAUAUAUAUACUAUACUUGUGCAGCGUGGGUCUGAUUGGAUGAGAUUUUGGUCAAUGAGGUAAUAUAUUUUCACCAGCUCAAAUGAAUCAUGUUAGCCUGUCAUUCAAAGUUUAAACUACUCACGCAGACACUCACUCAUUCUGUCUACUAACCUGUAGCUUCACAGCUGUUCCCAUAGCAACAUGGUGGCCAUUUUGUCUCUUAACCUGAUCAGGUGAUCAGCUCUGACCAAUUAUUUGUUGAGAUUUAUUGGACGCAGUCAUUUCUCCUUUCUCUUGCAUGUUUUACCUAACUGAAAGGAAAAGCAUUCCACUACAAUAUGAAGGACACAUACGUUUAAUACAUAGGUCAGCUCACAAGUUAGCAAAACUGAGAUAUGACAUUACAGGAAAUUGUUCCAUAUCGAUGCAACAUAAAUCCAUAAAGUUUCAUGCAGGUUCGAUAUCGUUGACAAUAAGUAUAAGAAUGUGACGGUCUUAAACAAACAUGUUCACCUUAGUGCUGCUUCUCAAACAUCUUUUCUCAUAUCACAGUCAAAGUCUGUUCCAAUUCCAAAUGCAAAACAAUGUAAUAUAAGAUCGAUAUCGUGUUAUUUGGGGUAGAUUUGGACCCUGCUUUGAGUUGUUGUACAUAUUCUCACCAAUAUCAGUGUGCAACGUUUUACUUGAACCCCCCUUUUAAAAGUCCUGCGGGACACUGUCGUAACAGUGACGUAAGUUAUGUCAAACAGUCAUGUCUGCUUAUGGCAACGGAUGAGUUGGAGAGGUCAGAUGGAGAGAUCAAGUAAAGUGUAACUGUUGCAAUCAGACACCCUUAGCUAGCUAUACCCAAUGUUACUUAACACUAUUUGAAUUGGCUAUUCCUAUGUCACCUCACAUUAGCAUGCAUUGACAUUCACACGCUUUUCCGUCUGACAUGUAUCUUACUAAAACACAUGUCCAUGAAUUGUAAUGAAUGCUACAGUACUUGCCAUCUCAUAUAACGUGUUUAGAAGGCCAUGUUUAUGGACUCUUAGGCUUAGGUUUUCUUUUCAUGUCUUAACUUUGAACAUAACCACGAAAGAAGAUGCAACACAACAAUUCAAUACUAAAAUCAGCGGUAUGUUCUUUAAAAACAUCUCAUAGAGCACAGAAAUGAUGUAAAGCACACAAUAUCCAACUUGUAUAUUUUGUUACCAGUGGGUUUUGUCUGAUUAUUCAUAGAAUAUAAAUCUAGCCAUUGCCUCCACUAACAGUUCCUCCCUGUUGGAUCUGGAGAUUUCAGCUCAGCCUUUAGUUUAGUGCCAUGUACUGUACUGUAGCUAUAGGGUGCAUACUAGUAGUCUACUGUUGCUUCCUCCCCCCUUUUCUCCUUUCCUACAUUCACACAGAUAUGAGCGAACUAGACUGGUUAAAAGAGGCAUCCAUCCACCAUAUUGCUUUCACACGUCCUGUCUGUCCAGAUCAUUUCAGGUAAAGACGAAGAGUUGAGCCGAGGAAGUCCCUUUUAGAGUAUUGAGGUGCACCCCUAGUCCCGUUCUUCACUUCAACGCCACUCCAUAGGCGUAAUACCUGUUUAAGGUUGCUAGUCGUUAUUUGAAGUUGGACGUUUGUACCUGACAGAAUGUACCAUGGGUGAAUUGGCUUGUUUAACACAAAGUAAAAAUGGUCUUGUCUCUAAAAUGAAGUGAAAGGUGUAAUUUGUUCCACGAUGCGCCUGGCUACAGUAACUGACAGUGAUGUGUUUCAGUGUUAUUGGUUCACAGUAAAGGACGUCUCCGUCUUAGUUCCUCUGCCUGAGAAUAGGAGUCUCUUGCCUUAUGCUGAACAGGCCUGGUUGUGUUGGGUUUUAUGUGUGUGGGUUCAGAGAAGUCUGGUGCCAGUCUGUUUCUGCUCUCUUGACAAUUCCAUAAUGCAAUGUUUAGAUUGACAAUGGAGUUGGCAAAAGCACAAACAGAUCGGGGACCAGGCUAGGUUCAGAGUACAGUGAAACAGAGAGAACUCAUAUCAUGACUGUCUGCUGGAAUUAUCUCAGCCUUUAUUUUCUCUUUUUAAUUUUUUUAAAAUGAUUUUUGUUUCAGUUUAAUGUUAAUAAUACACCUGCUUUUUGGCAGAAUAUACACAUUCCUGAUGAAAAGGAAUCAGGACUAAGAAACGGAGCUCUAUGUACUAGGUGUUUUUAAUACUUACAGAUAGGAUCUUGUACAUAGCAACUUUCAACCAAAACAACUCUCCUGAAUAUCAGGCCUGAUGAAUAUGGCUAUUCUUUUAAUACAAAACUACACACCCUUUUCCUACAGCAGCUGUCUGCAGCCAUAACAAGCUGUUAUGAGAGCCAGGAGGUUAUCCUUGUAGCAGUCUUCUGAAUGCAUUGUGAUAAAGUGUAUGUCAUUCUUAUGGUGGGGGGUGAUGGGUUGUCUGUGUCUCUGUCUGCUGUGAGCGAACGUGUGAUUUUGGAUGAGUGGGUGGUGCGUCAUUCCCAGUGGUUAGCACACCAGAAAUGCAGUGGCGCGUCCUUCUCAGUUGUUAGUACCUCCUGAAAUACUAUGGUGCGUCAUUCUCAGUUGUUAGUACAUCUGAAAUACAGCUGCAGUUGAGAAGCUCAAAACUAUUAGUUUCCUCGCUCUCUUAAUACAUUAUGCAGAGUGACUUACAGGAGAACUUAGGGCACAUUGACUGAUUUUUCACUUAGUCGGCUCGGGGAUUCGAAUAAACAACCUUUCGGUUACUGUCCCAGUGCUCUUAAUUACUAGGCUACCUGCUGUAUUAAUACAUAAAAUACAUGAAACCAGGCUGACCAAUUGACUAGUGAAAGACCAAUAAGGCCACAUUAACAUAUUAAAUAUAUAAUUUCAUAUUGGCACAUAUUUAAAUAUUUCCACCAUGGUUCAUGAACCUCUUUGCAGUGGACAACAGUAAACCAAUCUCUGCUCCAUGAUCCCAGCAUAAGGAGGAGAGUGAUCCAUAAAACUCUUGAAUCAAACGUCCAACCUGCUGUUUGUGGAGCUCCCAAGGACAAGAGAUAUGGUUAGCCAGUUGAACUAAAGGCCACAGUGUGAAUGUACAAAAAAAACUACGUCUGAUCUUUGCAAUUUCUUUGAACUAUUUUCCGAUAUCAGUUGAUGUGGUCGACAAGGUCGGACAAAACAUAAAGUCCAGGUGUCUCUGUCAUCAUGAGGACACACGUGACUUUAAUUAAUGUAUCUUCAUUUUCUGUCUGUCAGUGACCACUGUAUAUGUCACUAUUGUUAUCUUGAGAUGAGAAUAAAAUAAAACUGUCCCACUCUGUAAA